AUGGUGGUAAUAUCAGCUGGCCUAGUCACCAAGAAUAGGAGAAUUCUUCUCGCAAGGCAAUUUCUUGAAAUCUCUAAAGGACACAUCGAAGGUCUCCUAAAUUCAUUUGUCCGUAUGAUAGACCCAAAUGUCCAGCACACUUUCAUAGAGAAUGAGUCUGCUCGCUUUGUUUAUCUCCCAUUUGAAGAUUUAUAUCUCGUCCUCACUACAUCUAAAGACAGCAAUAUUGUAGAAGAUCUGGAAACUCUUCGUCUUCUAUCUAAGAUAAUCCAGCACUAUUGUCCCUUUGGAUUGGACGAAGGCAAUAUCUUGAAAAAUUCGUUCGAAAUCGUAUGAGCAUUCGAUGAUGUGAUUUCUCUGUUCUAAAUCUUUUUGAUUUAGGAAAAAAACGAUUUAGAUCAAAAAAAAAGUAAAUUUUAUCAGCUAAUACGAGAUAAUAUAUAAAAAAUCAUAUAAAAUAUUUAUAUCUUUGGAAAAUAUGCAUAAAUUUCUCAAGGCUAUAGGGAAAGUAUUACACUAGGCCAAAUGCUGACUUAUUGCGAAAUGGAAAGUGCUGAAGAAAAGCUUCAUAAGGAAAAACAAAAAGCAAUGAUGCAGGAAGCUAAAGAGCUAGCAAAAAGAAAACAGUCAGAGCUCGAUAAAAAGAGAGCUGUAGAAGACAAAGAAAGAAAAAGAGAAAGAAGAAGCGUUCAAGAAGAGCCAGAAUAUAUGACAAAGCCUGAAAUUCCAAGCAUACCAAGCCCUACAGUGAUUGAAAAUAGCAUCCAAAACACCCAAACUACACAGAUCUUGCCGAAGAAGCCUACAAAAGGUAUGGUCUUAGCAACAAAGGGCAAGAAAAAUAGAGGUGACGCAUAA